AUGGCAGAACAGCAUUUGAAGUCUCCUUUGCACAUUGAUAAAUCAAAGAAUGCGAAAGAUGAAGUGGAGAAUGGAAUAGAACUAGAACAUUCUGCGCCGAGAUUUACAGAUGAGCGAUGGAAGCAUGGGACAUGGGAUCUAAACAUGAACUCGCUCUCUCUCGCAGAAAGAACAACCAUUUUUUCCGAGACCUUUUCUAUUGUUCCCUUAAUCUUAGCUCUAAAAGAAGCAAGGAGAAGGAAGUUUCUUGAAUUGUAUCCAGAAGCAUCAACAAACGAAGAACCAGUGCUAUUCCGGACUUCCAUCAUUCCUUGGUGGGCAUGGCUGAGUAGAUCUCAUAUCCCAGAAGCCGAGCUCCUCAAUGGGUUCUUCAUGGCAUACUUAGUAGAUGCAUUGACAGGGCUUGAUGUAGUAGGCCAAACUGGAAAUUUCAUAUGCAAGGCCGGACUCUUAGUGACGGUCAUCGGCGUGAUGCUCUUCAGGCGAACCCAAGACUUUGAGAAUCUGAAAAGGCUAGCCGAUGAGGCUACCUUCUAUGACAAGCAAUGGCAAGCAUCGUGGCAAGACAACAAGAGUGCAGCCACCGGUGCUUCGAAGCAAACUGGAAAGAACUCUUAG